AUGAGUGAUCAAGCUUCAACCUCGACUGAAUCAUCUCCGAGCACCUCUGCUCCGGCUGGCACAUCUGAGGCCAAUGACUUGUCACAUCUUUUUGAGUGCCAUCUUUGCUUCAAAUAUGUGCUCCCCCCUAUUAUGCAAUGUCAGAGUGGCCAUCUUUUUUGUUUAGGCUGCCGGCAAAAGCUCAAACGUUGCUCAACUUGCCGAAGCCCAUUCAGAACCAUUCGCAGUUUGGCUAAGGAAAAAGCGGCUAGUACACUACAUUUUCCUUGUAAAUUUGCUGCUUCUGGGUGUGAUCGAUCUCUGACACUCGCAGAAAAAUUAGAUCAUGAGAACAUGUGUAAGUGUAGGUCUUAUUCUUGCCCAUGCCCAGGCACUACCUGUAAAUGGCAUGGCUUAAUGGAUGCUGUGAUUCCCCAUCUGACAGAUCAGCAUAAGUCCAUCAUAACCCUAGAAGGAGAUGAUAUAGUUUUCCUUGCUGCAGAUAUUAAUAUUCCCGGUGCUAUUGACUGGGUCAUGAUGCAGUCUUGUUUUGGCUUUAACUUCAUGUUAGUUUUGGAAAAAAAGGAAAAACACAAUGGUUAUGAGGAGUUUAUUGCCAUCGUGCAGCUGAUAGGCUCAAGCAAAGAUGCUAAAAAGUUUACUUAUCGCCUUGAGUUAAAUGGUCAUCGUCGGCGAUUAUCCUGGGAAGGGGUUCCUACAUCUAUAAAUGAUGAAAUUCCAACAGUCAGGAACAAUGGUGACUGCCUUAUCUUUGAUGCCAGCCUUGCACAGCAUUUUACAGAAAAUGGCAAUUUAAGUAUCAAUGUUACUAUUAUCUUGUGUUAA